AUGCUUUCCAAUAGUGGUAUUUUAUAUCGCUAUUGGUAUGCACGAAGACUUAAAGCCAAAUCGCUCUCGAUCUACGGUUUAGCUCAUCACCUUGAUGUGACAAAGAAACUUGACCUGUUUGGGGCCACAGGCCCAACCAAAACAUUAAAGCAGAACAUUAGAGAACCCGUAACAGCCAUUAGUAAACUACAAGCUGUUAUCUAUAUUUCAAGCUUUAUCUUGUGUUGGCUUCUGGCCGUGGCGGAUCGCACUUACCCCUCUUUUACAGGCAAGACGUCGUUUACGCUGACAUUUUUGUAUGCGGCCAUUGUACCGCUCCAGGGCUUUAUCAACGCCAUCAUUUACGGCAAGCUCCAUCUUUGGGUCGUGCGUCAUGAGCGGCACAUGGGCACAGCAACUAUCUUUGUUACCACUUUUGAUAUGGACUGGACCUCGUGUCCAACCAAUCUGGAGGACUGGAUACCGGCAGGAAAGGAUUUGUAUGUUUUUUCACUCCAGCACUGCGUGGAAGUGCAAGCCAUUGAGCAGGUUAUCCGAGGAUAUCUUCUGCAGGUGUCAGUCAGUGUGUCAAAUCGUUUUGUAAAAAAUGCAGACGACGCUAGCGGCAAUGUGAAGCUUGAGCUGUUGAUGGGCGAGUCUGGGCCCAGCAAAAGACUUUUAAUGAAGUUGUUGGUGUCCCCAUCCGGUACUUCGACGUGUCCAUCGUAUUUGUCUCGUGCAAUCUUAGCGCUUCGCUCGUCAACAGCUCGCAACGACUGCGUCGAGCUAGGAAAGAUAAUUGGACUUUCCGAUUUAUACCAUCAUACAAUUAUUUCCGGGAACUUGAAUUACGAUGUCGCCAUGCCGCCUUCUGCACUCGCUGCAGCAAUUGAGCAAGCGUAUAAGGCUAUGUCCCUAAAGAAGGGCAAUUGA